CCGGCGCCGAGGAUGCCAGGCGCCGCCGGUCCCCGCCUCCCCCUAACCUGCUAGCGAGAGGUGGGGAGCGCUGGGGAGGAGCCGUCGCUUCGGUGAUUGGCCGAGACCGCCUCCAGCCCCCACCCAAGACCCCUCCCCUGCUCGCGGCUUCUGACUCCAGCGCCCGGCGCGCCAAGGCGGCUAUCGAGCGAGCGAGCGUGCAGCCGCCGCCGCCCCGAGCACCCGCAGCUCCGGCGCCGCGGUGAGACCGGAGGAGAACCCACCGACCGACGGACCCUCGCAGCCGCGGCAUCCCGGAGGAGAACAUGCUUGCCAAUUCAGCCAGUGUGCGGAUUCUCAUCAAGGGAGGCAAGGUUGUGAAUGAUGACUGCACCCACGAGGCUGAUGUCUACAUUGAGAACGGCAUCAUCCAGCAGGUGGGCCGUGAGCUCAUGAUCCCCGGAGGGGCCAAGGUGAUUGAUGCCACUGGGAAACUGGUGAUCCCUGGAGGCAUCGACACCAGCACCCACUUCCACCAGACCUUCAUGAACGCCACAUGCGUGGACGACUUCUACCACGGGACCAAGGCAGCACUAGUUGGAGGUACCACCAUGAUCAUCGGCCAUGUCCUGCCUGACAAGGAGACCUCCCUUGUGGAUGCCUACGAGAAGUGCCGGGGUCUGGCUGACCCCAAGGUCUGCUGUGACUACGCCCUCCAUGUGGGGAUCCCCUGGUGGGCACCCAAGGUGAAAGCAGAAAUGGAGACCCUGGUGAGGGAGAAGGGUGUCAACUCGUUCCAGAUGUUCAUGACCUACAAGGACUUGUAUAUGCUUCGGGACAGCGAACUGUACCAAGUGUUUCACGCUUGCAAGGAUAUUGGGGCGAUCGCCCGGGUCCAUGCUGAAAAUGGGGAGCUCGUGGCCGAGGGUGCAAAGGAGGCGCUAGAUUUGGGUAUCACAGGCCCAGAAGGAAUUGAGAUCAGCCGUCCAGAGGAGCUGGAAGCAGAAGCCACUCACCGAGUUAUCACCAUUGCAAACAGAACUCACUGUCCCAUCUACCUGGUCAACGUGUCCAGCAUCUCGGCCGGUGACGUUAUUGCAGCUGCUAAGAUGCAAGGGAAGGUUGUGCUGGCCGAGACCACCACCGCGCACGCCACACUGACGGGCUUACACUACUACCACCAGGACUGGUCCCACGCAGCCGCCUACGUCACAGUGCCUCCCCUGAGACUGGACACCAACACGUCAACCUACCUCAUGAGCCUGCUGGCCAAUGAUACUCUGAACAUUGUGGCCUCAGAUCACCGGCCUUUCACCACGAAGCAGAAAGCUAUGGGCAAGGAGGACUUCACCAAGAUCCCACAUGGCGUGAGCGGCGUGCAGGACCGCAUGAGCGUCAUCUGGGAGAGAGGAGUGGUUGGAGGAAAGAUGGAUGAGAACCGUUUUGUGGCUGUUACCAGUUCCAAUGCAGCGAAGAUUCUCAACCUGUAUCCCCGCAAGGGCCGCAUCAUCCCUGGAGCCGAUGCCGACGUGGUGGUGUGGGACCCAGAAGCUACAAAGACCAUCUCAGCCAGCACCCAGGUGCAGGGAGGAGACUUCAACCUGUACGAGAACAUGCGCUGCCAUGGUGUCCCACUGGUCACCAUCAGCCGGGGGCGGGUCGUGUACGAGAAUGGCGUCUUCAUGUGCGCUGAGGGCACCGGCAAGUUCUGCCCCUUGAGGUCCUUCCCAGACACUGUCUACAAGAAGCUGGUCCAGAGAGAAAAGACCUUAAAGGUGAAGGGAGUGGACCGCACUCCCUACCUGGGGGAUGUAGCUGUCGUUGUGCAUCCUGGGAAAAAAGAGAUGGGAACGCCACUCGCAGACACUCCUACCCGGCCUGUUACCCGGCACGGAGGCAUGAGGGACCUUCAUGAAUCCAGCUUCAGCCUCUCUGGUUCUCAGAUCGAUGACCAUGUUCCAAAGCGAGCCUCAGCUCGGAUCCUCGCUCCCCCCGGAGGCAGGUCAAGUGGCAUUUGCUGUGGCCCAGAAAGCUUAGGCCUUCUGACUCCGGAAAUGUCCAGGACUGCCCUUAAGAGCUUGGCUGUGUACCCUAGCUGUGGACAGGAGGAGUGGAGUGACAUCUCUUGCAGAUCCCACCUGAGAGUUUAACCAACUAAAAGACUUACUCUCCCAGUAGGCAUUCUGCUUUGUUUUGCACAGGUAGAUAAAUUUUUCUUGUAAACAAACUGACGCGUAUCACUGUUUGAGCCGGAGCCAGUUACUCGUUGGAGGCCUGCCACGUGGUUUGAGCUGUCCCCACAUUCUCACUUCUCCACUCAUGCUCCUCUUCCUCACUCAGGGGCUGAGAGGACUGAGACACUAACCCAGGAAGCAGAGGCGACAAAGACACUCAUGGAGGGUGGUGGCCAUGGGGACAGUCGGUGGGGUCUGAGCCUAGGAAAUUGUGUGACACUGACCCCGUGGUACAGUGCGCAUCGUCUUUAUCCCUUUCAGCCCUUGCUGGGUCAUGGGCCUUGGGCAGAUGCCAAAGAGCCAAGCAGUGGUGGUGGCCAGGGGGCAGAGCAUCCCUGCUUGGGCUAGGAAAGCUUUACCUUCUCUGAGUGCCUCCGCCCGAGAGAUGCAUGGUCCGUGGCUCUGGGAGACCACAUGUUGGUGUGGUCCAUCGAAGGCCUUCCGCUUCAUUCACCCCCGACCCUUACAUAGACCCACCCUUGCCCAGGAGCUUCUAGAUGAAAAUCAGAAGGAGGUUCAAGGAACCAAAUGAAAGGUCACCCCCUACCACCCAUUCCCUGCCCCUGUGCCGAGCUCCAGCCAGCCCCAUCACCAGCCCCACUGGCUCUUGGUUGGAAUGAAAAGGGUCUCUGGUUGCACUGAAUGCAGCUCUCAAACUGGUCUUGUACUUGCUGAAUAAAUACUGUUGUUCUUGCCUUAGCUGCUCUCUAGGUUUGUGGGGUUAAGUUACCAGAAAAUUGUGCUACUGUGUGUGCGUGUGCGUGCGCGUGUGUGUAGUGCUACGAGUCCGCAGUAGGUCUCGGUCAAGCCAGUGCUGUGAUGAGGGCUUUUCCGAUACUGACCCAGAAACCACAGAACCACUCGGAAACCCAAACCCCCUCCAGCUGCCCAGGUGGCAGGCACAGCCUGGGGUCGGGAUGGAGCCUCCAGCACCCAAGUGACUUCCUCACUCCUCUGUAAAUGUCAUGGUGCUAAGAUUGUGUCAACCCCAAGAUGACACAUGGUCCUGUGCUUUGGCCACCUGACUGAGGCAAAAACAAAACAGCCCGACUCGUUGUGUUCUGGUGCAGGUUUGUAUUAAACUGUAGC